GGGUGAGGUGUCCGUCAGAGUGGAAUGAAGGACAUGAACAUAUUUUGUGCUUGCUCCACAUAGAGUGAUUUAGAGCCGGGCUUUUGGUUUGGGAGAAAGCCCUGGUUCUCCCCUCCGUGUGUGUCCUUGGGUGCGUCACUUGACAUCUUUGAAUCCGCUGGUAUGAAAUGAAAGAAUGUAUACAAACCUGUCUGCGUUCUGCUUUUGGCCCUGGCGGUGGAGACAUGUUCCAGGAGGAGGAUUCAGGGAGCUCCAGCACAGAAGACCCUGUUUUCCUUUCCCGACACAGAUGCGGACUUUUCCAGGAGGUCAUGGUAGGAGCCGGCUCCAUGCCAGGCAUGGACUCAGAGGCCCAGGGUCGGGCUCUGCGCUGGAAGAGCGUCCACAGGGGCAAGUCCCAUCCAGAUGUCAGCCUGCAGGCUGGGGCUGCUGCUGUCGCCAGCCAGAGGCGGGUAGAGCUGCAGGCUGUGGGUCAGGGUCCCAGCCAGCGGCUGCCCCCAGGGCCUCCACAGGGGAGCACUGGAUGCUCUAAGAGGCUCCAAGUCUCUCUGUGUGAUAUCCUAACUAGCAGGUGCCUCAGGAAUCUUUGUAACACUCUGCCUGGUCUCCCAAAGAGAGCACAGGCGGGCGUGGAGUGGCCAGCAGAAGUGGAACUGACCAGCUGUUCCAGCCCCAGAGAGAUGGGAGACCAAGGGAUCAGUGCUCCAGGUGGCAAGCGAGGAAGCUCCACGCUCAAUGAAGAAGGGUUCCCUGGAUGGGCCCUGCCAACCUCACGAGGCCCAGCCCCUACGAGGACAAGAAGAAAAAGCAGGAAGUCUGAGUCCUGUUGUAGGGGAGAGCAGGGGACUGGCGAUGUCUCGUGGCUUGAGCAGAGCCCUGGUGUGGACAGCCCCCUUGAAGGCACCAACCUGGCAUCCUUGGGAGGCCCCUGCAGCCGUCUGUGUCAGGAGGACACAAGGCCAGGAGAUCCAGAGCCCUUAGGCAGACUCACUUCCUCCCUGGAGGCCACUGCCAGCAAGGCCUGCACAGGCCCAUUUGUGUGGCAGAAAAGAGACAAGUGUGCUAAGAAGCUAAGGAGGAAGCCGGCAUCUUGUGCCCAAGAGCAGCCCACAGGGGGAAGUUCAGACGGCCCCUGCCUGGGGGAGCCAGUGGAAGCCAGCCCGGAAGCCUGCCCUAGAUGGGAGGAAGUAAAAAUGCCCUGUGGGGUGAAGCGAGUGUGUUAUCUGGGUUCUGAGGCAGCAAUCCAGCUGCUGGGGGCCAUCAGCCAUGGCCAGGCAGGGGGACAGCAGCCGCCACAGCUGGAGGCUCUGGACAACUUGAUGGAGAACAGCUCAGCGGCACCUUCCCAGAAGCCCAGAACCAGGAAAAGGCCCAUGGCCCAGGGCCCCGCUACAGGCCAGGGUGGCCCAGAGGAGGCUGUGAAAGGGAAGCCUUUUCUAGAGGUGGCAAAGAACUCAGCUCAGCUUCAAUCCGGAGAGGAGAUAAUAGCCCUGAAUCUUGACAUACGGGUCACUGUGUUCCGUUCCCUGUGGGAGGCGCUGUGGAGUCGCGUUCAGGAGCUUCCUGACCUGGGGCUGAAUGAGGAGGCAGUGGAGGGCAUCGCUGCUGGCAUCGAGACAGCCCUCUUUGACCUCACACAGGGCACCAGCUGCCGAUACAAAACCAAGUAUCGCAGCCUGCUUUUCAACCUUCGUGACCCCAGGAACCCGGACCUGUUUCUCAAAGUGGUUCAUGGAGACAUCAUCCCCCAUGACCUGGUACGGAUGAGCUCAGUCCAGCUGGCCCCCCAGGAGCUGGCCCGCUGGCGGGACCAGGAGGAGAAAAGGGGACUAGAGAUCAUUGUGCAGCAACAGAAGGAGCCACGCGGACUUCCGACCUCCAAACUGACCCACAAGGGUGAGGUGGAGAUUCUGCGGGAUGCAGACCAGAUGCUGACCCUGGAAGAGCUGGUGCAGCCUGAGGUGUCCGGAGACUGCAGUCCACAGGUCCUGCCUGUCCUGUUGGGGGACAUCACGAAACAGCACCAUCACCACUUCCUGGACCCUGACUGCCAUAUUUGUACAGAGUCUCUGAGUGAGCUGCCAGGCUUCUCCAGAGCCUGUAGGAACAGGGGGGAGAAUGCCUUCCAGAGAGCCCCAAGCCCGGCUCCCGUGUCCUCUCCCGAGAUGCCCAGAGCCAGGGAGACACCUCCUACGGACAGGUACCAGACAUCUGCUGGGUCCACAAAGGCCCUGCCCAGCCCCGCUCCCUGGGAGGGGGCACUGGACAUGUUCUCCAUCAAGCGGUUCCGGGCCAGGGCCCAGCUGGUCUCAGGACACAGCUGUCGGCUCAUCCAGGCUCUGCCCGAGGUGAUUCACUCAGCAGGCCGCAUCCCCCCUAGCACUGUCUGGGACCUUCUGACCAGCAUCGCUCCAGCUGAGGCCAAGGAUGUCUCCGUGGUCAGACUGUGUCCCCAGGGCGAUCGGGACACCCAGAACUGCCGCUUGCUCUUCUCCUACCUCAACAACAAGCAGUGCCAUGGACUGGCCUCCGUGCAGCACAUGGGGGUGGUCCUGCUUCCCCUGCCCGCCUUUCAGCCGCUGCCCACUAGACUGCGCUCUCUCGGUGGCCCAGGUCUGGAAACCACUCACUCAAGUCUGUUGCUGGCUGUGCUGCUCCCCAAAGAAGGGCUUCCAAAGACAGCUGUGUCCAGCACUGUUCGGAGGAAGGUUCACAAGAUAGUCUCCUUCAACAAGAAAGUGGAGAUGAGAUGCUACCAACCAGAGGACAAGAAGCCAGAUUGGGCUCCAAAAGACUAUCUUCCCCAAGGGGAUUCCCUGCAGCAGAGCCAGGACAAGGGCACCCUAUCUCCAGGGGAAGUUUGUGCUUGGCAGAAGUUCCCCAGAGGCCGGGGAAAACCAUGGGUAGAGGCUGAAACCUGGCAGUGUCACGGGAAACAGCCCCCAGAACUAGGCUGGUACUGGCCCCAGCAUUCCUAUUUAGCAGUGCCAGCUGCCAGUGACUUUGGGUAUGGUCACCAGGUUCACAGGGCCUCUUGCCAUCACGGGUUCCUACUCCAGCACCUCAGGACCCUGGUGACCAUGAAUCAACAACUCCAAGCCUCCCUGAGGCCCUCAGGCCAGGAUCUUCUCCCAACCCCUACAGCAUUUCCUCAGCCCCCUGCAGCCCCAGGGACUCAUGACCAGGUCUGCCAGUCCCCUGCAGCUCCAGAGAUCCCUGGGCCAGCCCCUCACCCCUCUUUGGGCCCUGCAGCUGGCACAAAGUAUCCCUUUCCUAGAAAGGCCUGACCCUGGUUAUCCAUUAGAACAGGGGUUUUGAUUCCCUUUCUAGUGCUGAACCAGGGAGAGACGGGUAGAGGGAGGAAGGAAGGGUCAGCUUUCCCUAUCUGCCCUGGUUUUUUCCUGUUCUGUAGUCUGGUGUUGGUUUUUGGUUUAAUAAAGAAUUUGGCAAAGUUAGGUUUGCAUCUGUUGGCUGACUAGGAGAGACUAGAAUCCCAGACAAAU